AUGAUAUGUUUCCUAGAAUGAUAGUGCAUCUUAUGAGGAAGGUAGCUAGCUAGUAGCUAUAGCUCUCUACACGAGCCUAGGUGGUCUACAUAAGCCACCAUGUCGAACCAGACCACCCUGUUCAGCGCAUGGGGAGCUAGCAAGUCCACAGGCCCCAAGCCUCAGCCACAAGACCACCCUCCUCCCACUGACCCAUUUGACCAGUUUGAAGACGACCUCACUGAGGCCGACCUGGAGGAGCUGUGUAAAGUAGAGGAGCAAGUCAGUACCCCUACAGCUACUGGAGGGAGCUUUCAUGUGGGUCCAUCACACGCACUUCUCAACUCGUCCAUCAUCGAAGCCGGUAUCCCAGGAUUUGACGAAGAUGCUGGUCAAUUAUGGAUCUAUCCGACUAACUAUCCUCUACGCGAUUACCAGUACAACAUUGUACACAAGGCAUUGUUCACAAACACUCUAGUGUGCCUGCCAACUGGACUGGGGAAGACUUUUAUCGCUGCCGUAGUGAUGUACAACUUCUAUCGAUGGUACCCUAAUGGCAAGAUAGUGUUCCUGGCUCCCACUAAGCCUCUAGUAACACAACAGAUUGAGGCUUGUCACAGCAUUGUGGGCAUUCCACAGAGUCACACUGCAGAGAUGACAGGUCAGUUGGCCCCCAAGACUCGAGUGUCCCUAUGGAGAGACAAGAGAGUGUUCUUCCUCACUCCUCAGGUCAUGCAGAAUGACCUGGCUAAAGGCACUUGUCCGGCAAUAGAUGUCUGUUGUCUGGUGUUUGAUGAGGCACACAAGGCACUUGGCAACCACGCCUACUGUCAUGUUGUGAAGGAGCUGAGUGCAUCUCGAGUGAGGUUUAGAGUGCUUGCUCUCAGUGCCACUCCUGGGAAUGACCUCAAGGCAGUUCAGCAGGUGGUGAGCAACCUGCAGAUCGGGCACAUUGAGUUACGCUCUGAGGAAUCAGUGGACACACAGCGCUACGUCAACGAGAGGAGUGUGGACAAGAUCGUCGUGUCACUGGAAGGAGAGAUACUUGAACUCAAGAGGAGCUUUGCCGAGAUCUUGAGUUGUGUGCUGGGUCGGCUGGUUCGCUAUGGAGUAUUCUAUCAGGCAUCUCCCGACAGAAUAGCAAAGUUCCAACUGUUGCAGGGCAGGGAAAAGUUCAGAGCAGCUGGCACACCAUCUGGAGCAACAGCUGGUGCAGUGGAGGGUGACUUUGCUCUGGCUAUAUCGCUCUACCACGCCUACGAGCUCCUCUUGCAACACGGGAUGAGAUCAUUCUACCAGUACCUUGCCAACACAUUCAUCGCGGGAGGAGGGUUCCAAUCACGAUCCAAGCGUGAUAUUAUACGGAGCAGCCAGUUCAGAACCAUCAUGGACACACUGAAGGAUCGUGUAACAGCUAGCAAGACUCCACCCACUAAUGGACCUAGCUUCCUACGUAGAGAUGGCAGUGGGAAGGUUGAGAGUGGGAGAGGGUUCUUCUACAGUCAUCCCAAGCUCAACCGGCUGGAGGAGGUGGUUCUAGAGCACUUCAGACAAUGCCAGAGUGACCCGGACCUUCGUACACGAGUGAUGAUAUUCUCCCAAUACCGAGAAAGUGUGGAGGAGAUUGCUGAGAUGCUCACAUUCCAUGCCCCACUCAUAAAGGUCAUGACCUUUGUUGGCCACGCCUCUGGUAAAUCCUCCAGCAAGGGGCUAUCACAGCGUCAACAGACUGAGGUUGUUCGGAGGUUUCGUGAGGGAGGUUACAACACGCUAGUGGCCACGUGUGUGGGAGAGGAGGGACUGGACAUCGGAGACGUUGACCUUAUUGUCUGUUUUGAUGCCCCCAAGAGCCCAAUCCGAUUGGUUCAAAGAAUGGGCCGUACCGGACGUAAGCGAAAGGGUCGUAUUGUGAUGAUACUGGCAGAGGGAAAAGAGGACCAAGGCUAUAACAAGAGCCAGUCCAACAAGAAGAGCAUUCAUCGAGCUAUCACUAAUGGCUGCAAGACUCUCACCUUCUAUCAUCUCUGUCACAGAAUGGUACCCAAGCACAUACAUCCUGAGGUACACAAGUUACACUUGAGUGUGGGAGAGUUCGUUAGAUCAAAGAGUGAUAUCGCCACCACAAAGGCCAAGUCAAUCUCAAACCAAGGAAGCUCCAUGAAGAUUCGAUCAAAUGGCAAGAAACUCAAGAAAGGAAGUUACCUUAGUAGCAAGGAACUAAGCUGUUGGAGUGAGGGGCUUUCCCUAACUGAUAAAGAAUUCACAGUCGUCAAGAAAUCUGUUAAGAGCUGCUUCACACCCUCGCCACUGCUCAGCCUCUCUAGGCCACACCCUUCAAACCAAGGCCACAAUGCUUCACUGAACACCUCACGAACCACGGCUACCUUCACGCUCGGCCUGGACAAGUGGAUUGACCAUCAAACUUCACAAAUGUCUCACAAAAUCGUCGGCCCUUCCUCUACAUCGCAAAAGUUUGUGUCUAUUUUGGAAUUCAGUGAUUUGCUUCGUACCAAUAAAGACAUGGGACAUAGCUACGACAUGGAGAUGGAGGGGUACUUGAACAGAGAUGACAUCAAGACAAGCUCAACUAAGAUCAUUACUACUAAUGAGAGACACAGCAGUUCCCCAAAUGACUCCCCUCCACCCGUUAGGAAGAAGCGGAAAAAACACCAGAGAAUAAUUGAUUCUGACAAUGAAGAUGAAGACUUUAAGACUGUACAUAAACACGGUACCACUCUCGAAGGGCAGCCCUCAUCAGACAAAUCUCUUUCUAAAUCAAACGCUUCAAAGUCUACAUGUAACACUUUUACUUGUGAGGAAACGUCUACAGUGUUGGGAGAACAGCCACAUGAACCUUCACCCUCUACAAGCAGGAUAUCACUGACAGUGUCUGGGCAUGUUGUACCCACUGCACCCACGGAGGAUGACUUGGACUGGAUAGAUGAACUAGAGCCUUCACAAAUCAUCACCAGCGCUAAUAACUCAGUUAAAAUGUGUUCCUACUUUGAGGCCGAAAGCUCGAGCAUGUACUUCAAUGAAGAAGAUUUUGAUUUCGAUACACCUAGAUUUGUACCCAGUACCAGCAAGAAGCUGCCACCCAGGAAGUGCAGUACACCCGCCUCGCUGUUUAAAGCUCCUUCAUCAGCUGUUCGGAAAACUCCUCUUAGUAGCAAGAAAAAAGGCCUAGAUCUAUUUGGUAAUAAUUUGUCAGCUCGUGCAAUAUUCGAUGACUUCAGUAGUUCUUGCCAAGAUACCAAGCCUGAUACGGAACAGGGACAUGAUGUGAUUGUGUUAUCGGACUCGGACAGUGGAGAUGUACAAAUGAUAGAGGAAUCUGAUUUUGAAGAGCAAAUUGAAACUGAAAUUACCUCAAAUGAAAAAGCUAACUCAGUCCCCAGAUCUCCCUCCACUCCUCCUAAUACACGUUUGAAUGCGGACACUUCCAACGAGGACAGCUUCUUGAAUAUGGUGAGGAAAUGCCGUAAGCGACCAAUGAACACUCGACAUGCUUUCUUCCAAAGCCCCGAUACCGUGUCUCCAGGUAACAAGAGGAACCAUCCAGCUGCUGUGAGCAAUACUACUCCAGUUAAUAGCCGAUGCAAAAAGAAACAAAGAGUGAUGUUUGAUUGCGAGUCAAGUGAAGACGAAUUUGACAUGCGAAAUCGGAAACUAUCAAAAUGGAGAACAACAAAAAAUGAAGUAGCUACUAAAGAUGGAGUUAGUGAUUUUGUUGAGGAGGAAGCAGAAGUGUCUGAUGAUGGUCGCCCACACAACACUGACUCUGAGCAGCUGUCCGAUGAUUAUGACUGGGAAGACAGCUUCAUCAACGAUAACUCUAUGCUCACACAGUUAUCUCCUUCACAAAGAACUGUUAGAACUCCUAAAAAGAAAAUAACAAAAUCAGAGGCAAAUUCGAAUAAUCUCUAUCUACGAUCGCUCAUGAGCCCUGAGGACCAUAUGUUUGCCGGCAGUCGCAGAGGGUGUGGUAGCAAGUAUCGCAUGGUGUUCAGUCAGCGUCACGAACUAUUGAACCAUUACAUCAACAAGGCUGGGUUCAAAGUACGCAAAAACCGUGAGAAACAAAGUGGAAAUCGUACAUUUGUUGAUGAUGAUUUAUUCGAGGCUGAUGAUAGUGGUAGUGAGGCUGAAGAGGUGUAUGGUUGUGUGGAGGAUGGGGAGAUGGAGGGAUCCACUGAGACCAGUGACAAGGCCGAGGGUGGUGGGAGGAGACUGAGAGCUGCUCUUCUGUCUGAUGACUCUGAGCCGUUGUUUGGAGAGGAACUGUCUUGUGUGGGGAGGAGUGAGGUGGAGGGAUGUACUGGUGAUGGCUCUCGUGAGGUUGUCAUCAGCCCAAGCUUAUUGGCGGCUGUCAAGGUGGGGCCCACUGCAGCUUGCUACUCUCUGGGAAUGGACGACUGGAUUGACUGGAAGAAAUUCACUGACUGAACAUUCCAUAUACUGUACAUUGUGUAUCGCGUUCGAACAUUCCAUACUUAAUCAUAUUCAUCUCUACAAUACAAGUCAUUGUUGGGUUUGUGUUUGCUAAUGAAUUCUUCUCAUACA